AUGUGUUGUCUGUCCUAUCAAUAUUCGUGUCAACAGAUAUGCAAUAAGACCGUCAACUGUGGCCAACAUUCGUGUCAACAAAUAUGUCAUUUCGGGAAAUGCGAGGACUGUUCACUAGAUCCCAAAUUAGUAACUCAUUGCUGUUGUGGUAAAACACAAUUAAGUUCUUUGGCACCACAUGCCAAACGCCAGUCCUGUACUGAUCCCAUACCCACUUGUGAUAUGAUUUGCGAUAAAGUGUUAGUCUGUGGUCCUGAUAAAGAGCCGCAUAGAUGUAGCAGUGGUUGUCAUACCGGGCCCUGUCCUCCGUGUGGUCAGAAGACAGUGAUAAGGUGUCGGUGCGGUGCCAACAGUGAUAACAUUGAAUGCAUUGAAUUGAGUGAAAGUGAGAGAAAAAGCUUUAAUUGCAAGAAGCGAUGCAAUAAGAAGCGGGUCUGCGGUCGACACAAGUGUUUGUUUGAGUGUUGUAUUGAUUCCGAACACAAAUGCUCGCAAAUAUGUGGCCGAAAGCUGUCUUGCGGUGGACACACCUGCGAAGAGCUCUGUCAUAACGGGUCGUGUCCUCAGUGUUGGAAUAUUUCUUGGGAUGAGUUGACCUGUCGGUGCGGCGCCGCAUCUAAACUGCCACCCAUUGCGUGCGGCACUAAACGGCCUGAAUGUGGACUCGUUUGUUCACAAUAUCACGGAUGCAAUCAUCGGGUGGACCACUUGUGUCACGACGACGCCCAGUGCCCGCCCUGUACUUACUUCGUGCCCAAGCCUUGCUUUGGAGAACACGAGUCGCGACCCGUUCAGUGUUACGAAGACAGCUAUUCCUGUGGCUAUUUAUGCGGUAAACCACUCGACUGUGGUCUUCAUGACUGCCAAAUGAUCUGCCAUUUUGGAGACUGCAAUGAAUGCACUCUUCCGUGUAAUAAGACUCGCGAAGACUGUGACCACUUGUACUGCAAUGAAUGCACUCUUCCGUGUAAUAAGACUCGCGAAGACUGUGACCACUUGUGUGGACUCCGGUGCCAUCAGAAGACAUCACCGGAGAAGUGUCCCAAAUCUAACUGCAAAAUAAUGAUUAAAGUGUUGUGCAGUUGUGGUCGAAAGUCGGAACAAAUGCCGUGCUUUAAAGCCAAUGACGACAACGCUUCAAGACUUUCGUUGAAUUCGUUGGCGAAUCAGAGGAUCAAAAACGGCGAAAGUGUUAACAUCAGUGAGAUUAUGAAGAAUCUGAAAGACUUUAAAUACAUUCAACUGAAGUGUGACGAGAAGUGUGCGGUCACUGAGAGGAACAGACUAUUGGCCGAAGCGUUGGACAUUAAAGACGCUAACUUUAGCCCAGACCCCGGCCCUCCCAAGUACUCGGAUACGCUUAAGAACAGCGCCCGAUCUGAGCCCUCAUUUGUUGCCGACAUUUACGACAAACUCACGAAAUUAGUGUUGGAAUCGCGACAAUCAAAACUGAAUUUCAAGAAUUUGAAUUUCCCUCCAAUGAACUCAGAGCACCGGCAUGUCAUCCACGAGUUGGCCGAACACUUUGGCUGUAAGACUCACGCCAUGGAUCGGGAGCCCAACCGCAGUGUUGUGGUGAAGGCCUCCAAAGACAAGUGUUAUUUACCGACACUUAGUCUUAUGGAUGCCAUGAAAGAAGAGACGGACACUAAGACCAAGAAUAAGAUAACUCUUAAGAAUUAUAGCUUCGAUUCGGGAACUAAUGAGUCGAACAGCAAACUGACGGUCAAUACGAGUCACUCAAUGAUUCGCAACAUUACCGCCGAUACUAACCAAUCGGUUAAAGAGUCAAAUGAAAGCUCAAAACAAAUCGAUUAUUUCGACUUCAAAGGUGACUAA